AUGCCUCUGCUGCUGUUCAUGUUUUUGACCAGUCUUCCUGCAGGAUUCUGUAAUACAGAUCCUCAAGAUGUCAACUUUGAGAUCCAUGUUUCCAGGAGGCUAUCAAGCAUCAACCUUCAAGGCACAUUAAGCAACAGUAUAGGCCAGCUCAGCGAGCUUGUUUACCUGGACCUCUCCUCCAACAUUGGCCUUAGUGGCCCACUGCCCAUUUCAAUCGGCAACCUCAGGCAGCUUACAACACUAAUCUUGGCUGGCUGCAGCUUCACAGGAGGCAUCCCCCAAGAGUUAGGAAACUUGGUGCAGCUCUCAUUCUUGGCACUAAACUCAAACAGCUUUACAGGCAGAAUUCCUGCUUCAAUUGGCCUACUCACCAACCUCUUCUGGCUAGACUUGGCAGAAAACCAGCUUUCUGGUCCUAUUCCAAUUUCAUCAACUACUUCCCCGGGACUUGACCUGCUUACUAACGCCAAACAUUUCCAUUUCAACAAAAAUCAAUUAACUGGUACUCUCAAUGGCCUCUUCAGCCCAAGCAUGAGACUUGAACACAUAUUAUUUGACAACAAUCAAUUGUUUGGUCCUAUCCCUGCUGAACUUGGUAGCAUCACUACCCUCCAGAUUCUAUUAGAUAAGAACAAAUUCACAGGAACAGUUCCGACCAACAUCAGCAACCUAGUCAACCUAAAUGGACUGAAUUUAGCAGACAACCAGCUGCGUGGAACAAUGCCAGAUCUCAGUACCCUGACAAAACUUAACGUGGUGGCACCGUUGUUCGCAGACUUGAACAACAAUGAGCACUUUCAGCAAUUGGAGACUAGCCUCUGGACAGAGCUGGGACUGCGCCCCGGUUCAGUUUUCCUUUCUGAUGUCCACUUCAACAGUGAUGGCUACAUCCAAGUCCAAGUGAGGCUAUUUCCAUUGGCUGGAAUAUCCUUCAACCUGUUAGAACUGACGAGGAUUGGCUUUAAUCUUAGCAACCAAAUUUAUAAGCCACCACAAGGUUUUGGACCGUAUUACUUCGUUGCAGAUCCAUAUGUCCACUUUGCAGCUUCAUGGGGAAUUGCUCAAAAAGACAGCGGAGGUGCUCCACAGCUGAAAGGAGCAAGGUUUUUUUCUUUUGAUGAACUGAAGAAUUGCACCAACAAUUUUGCAGAAAAUUAUGAAAUUGGAUCAGGAGGUUAUGGAAAGGUUUACAAGGGAAUUCUAGCAGAUGGAACAAGUGUGGCAAUAAAACGAGCAGAGUAUGGAUCAAAGCAAGGUGCAACGGAGUUCAAGAAUGAGAUUGAGCUGCUAUCCAGAGUUCAUCACAGGAACCUGGUAAGUCUGAUAGGAUUUUGCUACGAACAAGGAGAGCAGAUGCUGGUAUAUGAAUAUGUUUCCAAUGGGACAUUAAGGCACAACUUACAAGCAAAGGGGAUUUACCUGGAUUGGAAGAAGAGGCUCAGGAUUGCUCUAGGCUCAGCCAGAGGACUAGCAUAUCUUCAUGAGCUCGCCGAUCCACCUAUUAUCCACAGAGAUGUCAAGUCCACAAAUAUCCUUUUGGAUGACAACUUUAAAGCAAAAGUUGCUGAUUUUGGUCUGUCAAAGCUAGUUGCAGACACCGAAAAGGGCCACGUUUCCACUCAAGUCAAAGGAACACUGGUAGUUUCUUCGGUUACAUUACUUCAUCAAUUAUUACUAAUGUUUUGGUUAGCUCUGUUGGUUACUCUUGUCGUUGAUGGUCACUUUCAUCUCUAG